AAAAAAUCACAUACUAUUUGCUAUUUAGUUUAUACUGCUCACUUAUUUUAUUUAUGGAAACCAUCGCAUGUGUAUUCUGCUUAUAAGAAUAGCCUAUUAUGAGAGCUGCAGGGAAUUUGUGAAUUUUAUUUGAUGUGCAGGGUAAAAUAAUAUUUCCUGGUUUAUUUAUUGUUUCUCUUCAUGACUUGUGGUCUUUGCUACCUGUUUUUCAGAUGGAGGCGAACAACCAUUUCAACUAUGGCACCCACUCCUCUGUGUCUGCUAACUCAGGACUGAAACUCUCCUCAGAGGAUUCUGUCUAUACUAACGGGUCCUCCAUGAGUUUUCCUCAGCAGGAGAAGAGUGAGUACAGCCCCCGUUUUCUGUGGUUACUCUGUCUCACUAUUUCUAUAUCAAUAACUGAUUUAGAUUAAGCUCUCUCUGCCCCAGUCUUUUGACCCCUUAUAAUGUGCAAAAUAUUGUAUCUAACUCUAGAGCAGGUGUUCGGUGCAUAAGCAAUAUCCUGUUGAAUAUCACAAUGAAUUAAUGUAACAUCACAUUUCAAAUUCGCUGGACAAUUUAUGAUUGUGCAAGAUGCAUGACCUGUGGAUAAUGUGUGAAUUGAACACAUUGAAAGAUGAAUUAUCUGACCCAUCUUCUCUUACUCUCGUCCCUGACCACCUUUGCAGAUAUGAACGGCGAAAUGAAUGUGAAUGGCAUCACUACUGUAAUUGGGUCCAGUGUGCCUGGCUCCCACUCUCCAACAGCCCCAUACCCUCAUAUGAGCAACCACCACCACCACCAGAGUAGCAUGGGCUUCGACUACCUGUGGGGAGGACAGCCACAGUACAGCCCAGCCAUGAGCUUGUCUCCUGGGCAUGGCAUGCACCAGAAGCAGCCUCCCACUGGGGUGAUGCAGCAACAGAGCCAGCAGCAUUUCCAGGGUCACGGACAGUACCAACUGAACGGGGGCAUGCCUGGGUCCUGUCAGACCCCCGUGGUGGCCCCAACAAACAUGACUCUUACAGGGGGCCAGUACUGGAACAGGGGUAUCCCGGGGCAACAGCAGAGCAGCGCAGCCAUGGUAAUGGGAUAUAACUCACACAGCGUGUACGGGGCGUACCAGAGCCAGGUGCACCCUGGGAUUGCGCCCUCACAGCAUCACCAGCAACAGCCUCCACAGCCACCCCCUCACCAACAGACACAGCAACACCUCCACCCACACCAGCAGCAACAGCAACCUCAGCACUACAGCAUGGUGUCCAACGGGAUGCCCUACUACCAGCACCCACCUCUUCCCGCUCCACAACCCCAGUCUCAGGCUCAGAUGAUGCCCCCUACCUCCCAGAAUUUCACCCCUCCACGGGACAGCCCCCAGCACCACCAGAUGGGCCGGGGGGUAACAGGCAGCCCCCUCCCCAUGGGGUUGUCCUCUGUCCCCAUGAUGUCACCCUCGACGAUGGCGGAUAGUGGAUCGCUCCUGAGCCAGACCAGGGAGAGGAGUCCCCAUGGUGGUUCUGUGGGGAUGCCUGCUGUCAUACAAGGUGAGAUGCACAUAUAUACACAGGUGGUAAGUCUUCUGAGUAAUCUAACCCAUUCUAUUUUUAUAGCACGGAAGAAGUAUGUUUCCCUGUUUCAUUUUAAUAUUUCUAUGGUCGAAAUGCCUGUUUCAAAGCAAUUUUUCUUUCCAAUGACUCAAUUACUUUCAAUUAGGCCUGAUCUGUUAAUUUACUAAUCAGUGUCUCAGCUGUCAGGAAUUGAAUUCGCUAAGCAGAUUUAAUGUCAACACUGUAAACUGUUUCCAUGACAGAACUGAAACAGUGUUUGCAUAUUAUGUCAUUUGAGCUUGAUAAGGGACAUUUUCUGACGAGAGGACAUUUUUGGUGGAGAGGAAUAAGGAUGUGUCAUUUGGAUUCCUUCUAACACAGGUUACAGUAUGGACAGGUCCCAAAAAGUUUAGGAAAGUCACCUCAUCCACCACUAGUAGUGGUUCGAGAUGUAGGCCUAUCUAUGGGUCAUUCAUUGUUCCUGUUUGACUGUGGUUAGCUCUCCAUGUCAGAGAACCUUACUGGUUUCCUGGUUUGGGCCCUGGCCUGUAUUUACCGAGAUAAAUCAGGUUGUAAAUCUCACUUCACGUAUUUCCUGAUUCUCAACCACCCGGGUGUGGCUCACCUCUAUUUAGUGUGCACCACAAUACAUAACGAAGAACUCCUGGCCUUUUGCAAUGAUACAGACAAUAUAUUUAUUGCCAUCAUACUGAAGUGUAAUGCUGGCAUGCAGCAGAUUGUCGACAAGGUGUUUUAUAAAAUCUCCAGCUGCUUUGAAUUGCCUUGCCGCUACUGUGUUUUGUUCCUGUCAUCUCUAAUGGUCUGACUGUUGUGUUUGUGUUCCCGUUCCCUAGGGCGGAUGAGUGAAGCGUUUAAGGAUGUGGAUAAAGGCUACAACGGGAUGGAGAGAGCAUCUGUCUCCCAGCGACUGCCUAAAAGCGACAGCUACCCUCUCAAGCCCCCUGGACCUCCCAUGGGGCCCACCAGUGACUACUGCCAGCGCUCCGAGCAGCCAAUGGCCCAGCACCAUGAAAUGACAACCUUAGCGAGGGAGUCUGCGCUGCCUGAGCCUCCACACUCGAUGUCGGCGCCUCCCCUUGUGGUUUCCACACUUCCUUCAGCUAAGGCAGCAACCCCUCCUAAGGUCUCCACAGCCGCAAACAAGCCUAAGAUCACCAUGCGCAAUGCCAAGCGUCGGCUGGAGUGGUGUAAAGCUCACCGCCAUUGGACUCUGGAGCAGUGGAAACGCGUUCUCUGGAGUGAUGAAUCACGCUUCACCAUCUGGCAGUCCGAUGGACGAAUCUGGGUUUGGCGGAUGCCAGGAGAACGCUACCUGCCUGAAUGCAUAGUGCCAACUGUAAAGUUUAGUGGAGGAGGAAUAAUGGUCUGGGGCUGUUUUUCAUGGUUCGGGCUAGGCCCCUUAGUUCCAGUGAAGGGAAAUCUUAACGCUACAGCAUACAAUGACAUUCUAGACGAUUCUGUGCUUCCAACUUUGUGGCAACAGUUUGGGGAAGGCCCUUUCCUGUUUCAGCAUGACAAUGCUCCCGUGCACAAAGUGAGGUCCAUACAGAAAUGGUUUGCCGAGCUUGGUGUGGAAGAACUUGACUGGCCUGCACAGAGCCCUGACCUCAACCCCAUCGAACACCUUUGGGAUGAAUUGGAACGCCGACUGCGAGCCAGGCCUAAUCGCCCAACAUCAGUGCCCGACCUCACUAAUGCUCUUGUGGCUGAAUGGAAACAAGUCCCCACAGCAAUGUUCCAACAUCUAGUGGAAAGCCUUCCCAGAAGAGUGGAGGCUGUUAUAGCAGCAAAGGGGGGACCAACUCCAUAUUAAUGCCCAUGAUUUUGGAAUGAGAUGUUCGACAAGCAGGUGUCCACAUACUUUUGGUCAUGUAGUGUAUGUAUAGUGUUGUAUGGAGCAGCAGACACCACUUCCAUUUGCAGUGCUGCACUCUUGGCGAGUAAGCAUUCAUGACUUGAUCUGAAGUACUGUAUAGUAAUCAUCCUCAACCUAGAAAGGAAUACAUGUGAAGACAUUUACAAGCAGUUGUCAAAUGUUUUUUGUUGUUGUUUUUUUCACCUUUAUUUAACCAGGUAAGCCAGUUGAGAACAAGUUCUCAUUUACAACUGCGUAUCUCAUUUGCACCCCAGUAUCUCUAUUUGCACAUCAUCUUCUGCAUAUCUAUCACUCCAGUGUUAAUACUCAAUUAUAAUUGUAAUUAUUUUGCACUAUGGCCUAUUUAUAGCUUUACCUCCAUAACUUACAUUUGCACACACUGUAUAUAGAUUUUCUAUUGUGUUAUUGACUGUAUGUUUUGUUUAUUCCAUAUGUAACUCUGUGUUGUUGUUUUUACCGCACUGCUUUGCUUUAUCUUGGCCAGGUUGCCGUUGUACAUGAGAACUUGUUCUCAACUGGCUUACCUGGUUAAAUAAAAAAUAAAUAAAUCUGUUUUACACAUUUUCUGUUCGGUUCCCUCUUGUGAGCCUCCCCUGUGGCAUAUAUAUAUAUAUAGUGAUCAGAGAAACAGUUCAGUGUUUCAGUACCUUAGCCUUUAAGCCUACAUGUUUCCCUUUCCUCCUCACCUGUUAAAUCACAAACAGUCUAUCAAUGUUCAUAAGAUUUGAAUGUUCUGGAAUUCUUACAGGCUCCCAAAUGUCUUCAUGUUGCUCCCAAAUAUACAUUUCUAAUGGUACCUGUUUUUUUACUAAUCCCAAAUUGCUAUUUACUGUCUAACAGCAGAUCACAUGAUGGCAAAAUUAAAGGAUGCCUGAAGCUUGGUUUGGCCUCAAAACAUUUGGUUGGUUUGUUUUUUUUACCCUCAAGAAUCUUUUCAUCUGUUUAGAGUUGUGGCAGAGUACAUUACAAUACUUCUGGGUCUUGUGUGGGGAGGGGGUUGAUGGGGGAUAUGACAUGUUGAACCUGUAUAAUAAUGACCAAAUUAAAUUGUCAAGAAAAUGUGAGGAGAUAAAUGUGUAGUUCUUAGUGUGUAAGUCAAACCUGUCAAGUAAUCGCAGGCUGAAGCACUUCAACUGAUGUUGAGUUACAGUGGAAAAUGUUUGUUUUUGGUCUACAUCUUAUUAAUAAACUAAGACUCAUGUUUCCCAUGGUGAAAGUGUUUGAAGACGGGCUAUGCAUGUGGCAUGUCAAAUACGUUUUCGAGAAGACACUGCUUUCAGUGGGUGCGACUUUUCUGAAAUGUCAGAUGGAAAAAGUGAGGACAUGGCUAAUGUACUACAUUAAACACUGUUUACCAAAACAAAUGACCAAGAAUACUGGAUAGAGCUGUGUUUCUCAACCUUCAGACACAUCUGAUCAGCUGCUCACUGAUAUAGGUAAAUAAAUAUCGUAUAAAUAAUUCUGCUCCAUGUUUACUUUCAUUUAAAGCGCUGCGGCCCAGCUCCAGAGGGGGUCGUACAUACACCAGCGCUUGCUUGCGCGCUUGUUCCCCUUACACUUUUAUUUAUAGGCUACAUAACCUGGUCUAAUCAGUGUUUUGAGGAUAUAUUGUAACGUUGGUUAUCAUCAAAAUAAUCUGUUCUUUCAGUAUGAAAACGUUGGACAUUUUCUUUGUUUUGAAAUAAUAGAGAGGAGCGUGACAUCACUUCCCGAGAUGCAGAUGAACACCUGCUACCACAGGGGAUAGGGAAGGCUGAAAGAUGGCCACCGAGAAAACUAUGUUUGUACAAAAACCCUUCAAUGUCAGUAUAGUUAGUAUACAAUCAUUAUAUUCCUAAUUGAUUACACUAAAAUUAGAACAGGGCCAAAUAAUAAAUAGCUUACUGCGUUCAGUUCCAGUGUGAAAAGUGGUUUCUGUCACUAUAAUGGAAUAUUGUUCAUGUAGUACAUGGCACUACAUAAAAUUUGAUUUGUCUGGGUAUUUUUGUUAUUGUUUAUGAAUUAAACGUCUCCCUCCCAACUCAGCUCUAUCUCAGCAUCACUUCCUGUAGCAGCAUUCUGACCAGACACCAUUUGCGCUCUUAAUGAUUCCACCGGACAUCCCAUUGGUUCCUAGAGCCGUCCUUUGUCUUCGGUAUUGAAUGAGAAUAAUUAAAUAGUUGUGCGGUGAAAUCUGUGGAAAACUAUUAGGAACUGUGAGAAAAUAGGGGGUAGCGCGUUGAAAGGGUUCAACAAUAAAGGGGAUAACCUGGGGCCCAUUCUAUGAAAUGGCUUAAUGAGGCAGCAAUAGUUAUCGAUUCAAACAUCCUAUUCUUGGGAACAAAGUAUUUUUCUCUUGAGUAAACAACAGUUUUUUAAAUUAUUAUUAUGCUUUUCCUGAAUGUGCCCAUUUUAUUGUGAAAUGGAGCUAGCAAUCUGAAGACUAAAUAUAUUCUGUAGUCUUGUGUAAUUUAUUUUCUCCUAAAGGGCAGUUUUUUUGCCGCUGGAGUGGGAUAGUCCUUAUAAAAGGUCAAUGAUAUUUUGCACAAUGAUAAGGUGUGUAGAAUGCCUGUUGAGUUCAAAAGUAGACCAGUGAACAAUAUGUAAAGUGAAAUGAAUAGAAACACCUGCAAACAGUUAUGUUCGAAUGAAUUGUAUUGCACUCAAAGAAAUUCAUUUAAUCCUAGAAGGCAGGUAGUUCCAUUCCUUUCAUAGAAUCUGUGUUCUUAAUAUGAGAAUUUGCCUAAUUUAUUAUGGGAGAGAGUAUACCACAAUAUUACAAUAUCAAAACAUAAAUGUAAUUCACUACACAUUUUACCAUGAAAUGUUAGACUUUAUAACAAUGUAACAGGGAAUUAAUAGGUUAUAAUUGUGGCGCUGUAUGAGUUUUUUCAAAGUAGCAGAGCAGCACACAAAUUGAUUGUACUGCACUGAAUUUGCAGGCCCUCAACACAAGAACCAUAUAAUGUGAGAGACCAUAUCCCUACUGUGUAGUGGGCUAUCUUUACCCAAAAAGGCACAAACUAAAAUCAUGAUGUAUCUAUUAUAAUCGAGACAUUCUUCAAGUUUCAAUUUUAUUUGUCCCAGAGGGCAAUUGGUUUUGCAGCAGGUGAGCACGAGACGUAAAAAACAUAAAAUCCAGAUGGAGCUGAAUGAUGGUUAGUCUGAUUAAUCAGGCUGUAAUACACAAUUAAUUGGUAUAUAUAACCUGAAACUGAUGACUGCAAAAUCAUGUAAAUGUUCCUUACAAGCCAGAAUGUUCAUUAAAAUUACAUUUAAACUUACUCUAAUGGUUGUCUGUGUGGUUUGAUCUUCAGCUGCUUGAAUAUCCACAGGAAAGUAUUGUAAGGUAUAUUUACAUGAUUUUGCAGAAAUGUCCCCUAUUCAUCUGUGAUUACACUCAAAUUCAUGCCUAUUUUUAAUUACAUGGUAUACCUGCAUUUUUGUGUGUAGUCUACAAUUACAGGUAGGCCCUACAUCCAAUUAUUUAUAUAUCCACUAGUUAACUAAUAGGGGCGCUGUGUUGAAGCCACAGUCCUCCAUCUUGGCACUCCCCCACGGUCGUACAUUUUUUAUUUUGGAAGCUAUAGAAAGGCAUUUAUUAUUGUCUACAUUCGUUUUUGCCACGUUUAUUCUAUUACAGACCCCUUAAUGCAUAAUAAAACAAUUAUAUUAUGUGAGCUAAACAUAAAAUAAUGAACAAAACAAAACAUUUUCCUUUAAGUAUAUAUUUUUGGAUUAUUCAUGUUACUGUCCCCACUACAAUAACAAAAAUACUUAAAUACAUGUAAUUUUGUCCUGUAGAAUUCCAUUCAUUCCUAUGGAAGACUGCUCCUACUGGAGAGUGCCAAUACGGCCAACCGGUUGCUUCAAAGUAUUUUAAUGGCCAAUACAUUGGAUCAGUAAUCCAGGGUUUGUAUAUAUACAUCAUUGCCUACAUCAGAUGACAAUUCUCCUAAAAUGAUGCUAUUCCGGUGCUAGGACCCAGCGCUCCCAUUGUGUAAACUCCAGAGACAGAAGAGGAAGCGAGACACCCCACUCGCUGAUAUUUUGUAGUUAAAUGAAAGUCAAAGAACUAAGUAGACCAGACCCAGCUGCUAUUGCAUUGGUGUCUAUGGGAGACACACCCCGUUAAGUAGACCAGAAUUUACCAUAUUUUUAAAUUGUAAACGGCCUGAGUGAACUAUCUUUAUUUAUCCGCCAUCUCGCAAUGAUUCACUUCCUCUUUCGGCUCGAUUUCUUUCUCUUCUGUGAUCAUGGCUGUACUCAAACACCAGCCAUGUUUGCUAAUUUGAAACCCAAAGGUUAGCGAAUAUUGUACCUGUUUAUUAUUUACAUAGUCUGUACCUACUUCAACCAUAUUUGUUCAAUCGGAGGAUCAAAGGCAUCAGUGCCUUUGAAAUCCAAGGAUUACAAGGUUAGUCAGUUUGAAUGACAUUUUAUGUCAAACUUUUGAGUGUGUGUGAGGAUGAUGCUGUCUCACAAUAUCUCAGGCGAAUACAGCGAAAACAAUGUGCGUUUAUUAGCUUGCUAGCUAACUAACAAAAGAGAAGCAUCCAAAAUGUUCAGGAACAUAAACGAUUCUCCAAGACGACUGAUGUUAUUACUCUCCACAUGUUUUAUUAGCUAGCUAUCAUCGCAAAUGUUGAAAGAGCACAGAACCACUGUGACUGUAUUAUUAACUAGUUUUACACAGCGUUGUAGCUAACGUCUGUUUUUGAUUACUAGUAUUGUCAAUAACCUUGAAUUUAGCAUGAUCUAAUAAGGGCCUAGAGGUGUCGAAUGAUAUGUUGAAAAGAUCAGGAAAUUCUAUAAUUUUAACCCGUUUGUGUAAAAUAUAGUUACAUCUCACCCAACGAACUCCUUGGUGGAUUGUUUUUGUUGCAGAGCGUAACGUUAGAAAGAUAUCAAAUCAGAUGCUAACCUAGCGCCGUAUUGCUAACUAGAUAACGUUAGAUAGCUAACAGUCCAUAGUAGGCCUAAGGUUAGUUGGAAAUGACGUUAACCAUCUGGUGGCGAGUUUUGAAUGAAAGCUAAUUUAGCUAGCUAGUCAAGAUAUGGACAAUAACAAAAGUUAACAUGUUUAUGCAACUGCUGGUGCCACUUCUUCAAUUCUACAGUACAAGCCCUAACGUUAAGGCCUUUUUGUUUUUGUUGUUGACAGUUUUGAUAAACAACUAGAUAGCGGGAUGGUUUAGCUAGCUAGCAAACAAUCAACUUCAACUGGACAAGUUAAAUAGCGAGCUAAUGUAACCAUGACACGUUAUCAUUAAAGACUGAUAUAGCUAGUUUGCUGGCUAGUUGAGCCGUGGAUGAGAGAUUCAGGUCUAAUGCCGAGGGGUGCUAUCAUCCACAGCGCAUGGUCACGUGUAGCAGACAGCCUAGCUAGUAAGCAAUGACAACCAAAUCUAAUUUUCUAUCGUUAGAAAGUAGCUAAUAAAUGAAUAACUACGGAAGUUGUCUGUUUUCUAAUUGCAAUUACCAUAUAUUUGUGAUAUGGCUAAGAUUUGCGCCGAUCUAGCUAACUAGUAUAGCUUAAUGAAACCAAUGUUUUCAACUAGCUAGUGUUAGCUCUUCAUGCUAAUAUUAUGUGUUUAUCGUGGGAUGGAUGUUGAAAAACGCAGUUAAACAUUGGUAACCUAGCGCCGUACAAUAUGUAUAUGUAGCUACUUGUUGAAAACCACGAUAUACCUUUUUUCAACUUAUAGCUAGAUUUCUUGAAAACAUGUAUCUCAGACCAAAAUAUUGUCGUUUUCCCGUUGUCAAAACGGGUUCGCUGUGAUUUAACAUGGAUCUACCCGUGGCGUUCAUUGUCCAUGAGUGUGCUGGCCAGAGCAUCCCAUCUGCUGCUCUAACUGCGACAUUUUGAGGGAGUUGUGGGAGUGCAAUGUUUAAUGUCGUCCUCAACGUGUCAUCAUCAUUUAUAGCCAUCUUCAGGCUUGCCAACUCCUGCAGUUGUAACAAUACAUGUUAGUGUAUGGAUCUAGCUAGCUGCUAUAUUAUUUCUUUAAAAAAUCACAUACUAUUUAUUUAAUGUGCAGGAUAAAAUAUUUUCCCUGGUUUAUUUAUAGUUUCAUGACUUGUGGUCUUUGCUACCUGCUUUUCAGAUGGAGGCAAACAACCAUUUCAACUAUGGCACCCACUCCUCUGUGUCUUCUAACUCAGGACUGAAACUCUCCACUGGGGAUUCUGUCUAUACUAACGGGUCCUCCAUGAGUUUCCCUCAGCAGAAGAGUGAGUACAGCCCCCAUUUCAUGUGGUUACUUUGCCUCACUAUUUCUAUACUGAACAAAAAUAUGAACACAAUAUGUAAAGUGUUGGUCCCAUGUAUCAUGAGCUGAAAUAAAAGAUCCCAGACGUUUUCCAUACGCACUAAAAUCGUAUUUCUCUCAAAUGUUGUGCACAAAUGUGUUUACAUCCCUGUUAGUAAGCAUUUCUCAUUUGCCAAGAUAAUCCAUCCACCUGCCAGGUGUGGCAUAUCAAGAAUCUGGUUAAACAGCAUGAUCAUUACACAGGUGCACCUUGUGCUGGGGACAAUAAAAGGCUACUCUAAAAUAUGCUAUUUUGUAACAAAACAAUGCGACAGAUGUCUCAAGUUUUGAGGGAGCGAGCAAUUGGCAUGCUGACUGCAGGAAUGUCCACCAGAGCUGUUGCAAGAUAAUUUUAUGUUAAUUUCUCUACCAUAAGCCUCCUCCAACGUCAUUUUAGAGAAUUUGGCAGUAUGUCCAACUGGCCUCACAACCGCAGACCAUGUGUAACCAUGCCAGCCCAGGACCUCCACAUCCGGCUUCUUCGCCUGCGGGAUCGUCUGAGACCAGCCCACUGGACAGCUGAUGAAACUGAGGCGUAUUUCCGUCUGUAAUAAAGCCAUUUUGUGGGGGAAAACUCAUACUGAUUGGCUGUGCCUGAUUCGCCAGUGGGUGGGCCCAGGCCCACCCAUGGCUGCGCCCCUGCCCAGUCAUGUAAAGUCCAUAGAUUAGGGCCUAAUGAAUUUAUGUCAAAUUGACUGAUUUCCUUAUAUGAACUGUAACUCAGUAAAAUUGUUGCAUGUUGUGUCUAUAUUUUUGUUCGGUAUAUAUCAGUAACUGAUUUAAAUUAAUCUCUCUGCCCCAGUCUCUUGACCCCUUUAUAAUGAGCAAUAGAUUGUAUCUAACUCUAGAGCAGGUGUUCGGUGCAUAAGCAAUAUCAUGUUGAAUAUCACAAUGAAUUAAUGUAACCUCACACCGCAAAUUUGCUGGACAAUUUAUGAUUGUGCAGGAUGCAUGACCUGUGGAAAAAUUAAUUAUCUGACCCAUCUUCUCUUACUCUUAUCCCUGACCACCUUUGCAGAUAUGAACGGCGAAAUGAAUGUGAAUGGCAUCACUACUGUAAUUGGGUCCAGUGUGCCUGGCUCCCACUCUCCAACAGCCCCAUACCCUCAUAUGAGCAACCACCACCACCACCAGAGUAGCAUGGGCUUCGACUACCUGUGGGGAGGACAGCCACAGUACAGCCCAGCCAUGAGCUUGUCUCCUGGGCAUGGCAUGCACCAGAAGCAGCCUCCCACUGGGGUGAUGCAGCAACAGAGCCAGCAGCAUUUCCAGGGUCACGGACAGUACCAACUGAACGGGGGCAUGCCUGGGUCCCGUCAGCCCCCCGUAGUGGCCACGCCAAACAUGACUCUUACAGGGGGCCAGUACUGGAACAGGGGUAACCCGGGGCAACAGCAGAGCAGUGCAGCCAUGGUAAUGGGAUAUAACUCACACAGCGUGUACGGGGCGUACCAGAGCCAGGUGCACCCUGGGAUUGCGCCCUCACAGCAUCACCAGCAACAGCCUCCACAGCCACCCCCUCACCAACAGACACAGCAACACCUCCACCCACACCAGCAGCAACAGCAACCUCAGCACUACAGCAUGUCCAACGGGAUGCCCUACUACCAGCCCCAGCACCCACCUCUUCCCGCUCCACAACCCCAGUCUCAGGCUCAGAUGAUGCCCCCUACCUCCCAGAAUUUCACCCCUCCACGGGACAGCCCCCAGCACCACCAGAUGGGCCGGGGGGUAACAGGCAGCCCCCUCCCCAUGGGGUUGUCCUCUGUCCCCAUGAUGUCACCCUCGACGAAGGCGGAUAGUGGAUCGCCCCUGAGCCAGACCAGGGAGAGGAGUCCCCAUGGUGGUUCUGUGGGGAUGCCUGCUGUCAUACAAGGUGAGAUGCACAUAUAUACACAGGUGACAAGUCUUCUGAGUAACCUAACCCCUUCUAUUUUUAUAGCACGGAAAAAGUAUGUUUCCCUGUUUCAUUUUCAUAUUUCUAUGGUCGCUAGAUACAGUAUGUGUGGAAACAGCACCAUGUAUCACAAGAGUUCGAAAUGCCUGUUUCAAGCAAAAAAAAUGACUUUCAAUUAGGCCUGAUCUGUUAAUUUACUAAUCAGUGUCUGUUGUCAGUAAUUGAAUUCGCUAAACAGAUUUAAGGUCAACACUGUAAACUGUUUCCAUGACAACUGAAAUAGUGUUUGCAUAUUGUCAUUUGAGCUUGAUAAGGGACAUUUUCUGAUGAGAGGACAUUUUUGGUGGAGAGGAAUAAGGAUGUGUCAUUUGGAUUCCUUCUAACACAGGUUACAGUAUGGACAGGUCCCAAAAAGUUUAGGAAAGUCACCUCAUCCACCACUAGUAGUGGUUCGAGAUGUAGGCCUAUCUAUGGGUCAUUCAUUGUUCCUGUUUGACUGUGGUUAGCUCUCCAUGUCAGAGAACCUUACUGGUUUCCUGGUUUAGGCCCUGGCCUGUAUUUACAGAGAUAAAUCAGGUUGUAAAUCUCACUUCACAUAUUUCCUGAUUCUCAACCAUCCGUAGUCAGGUGUGGCACAUCUCAAUUUAGUGUGCACCACAAUACAUAGCGAAGAACUCCUGGCCCCUUGCAAUGAUACAGACACUAUAUAUUUAUUGCCAUCUUACUGAAGUGGAACGCUAGCAUGCAGCAGAUUGUCGACAAGGUGUUUUAUAAAAGCUCCAUCUGCUUUGAAUUGCCUUGCCGCUACUGUGUUUUGUUCCUGUCAUCUCUAAUGGUCUGACUGUUGUGUUUGUGUUCCCGUUCCCUAGGGCGGAUGAGUGAAGCGUUUAAGGAUGUGGAUAAAGGCUACAACGGGAUGGAGAGAGCAUCUGUCUCCCAGCGACUGCCUAAAAGCGACAGCUACCCUCUCAAGCCCCCUGGACCUCCCAUGGGGCCCACCAGUGACUACUGCUUGCGUUCCGAGCAGCCAAUGGCCCAGAACCAUGAAAUGACAACCUUAGCAAGGGAGUCUGCACCUCCUGCAGUGUCUACGUCUCCUAUGGGUGCAUCAGGGCCUCAUGUUGUUUCAUCCUCCUCCGUUACUUCUACGCCUCCCCAAAACUCAGCGCCUCCCAUGUCCUCUGCUCCUUUUCCCCCUGUGCUUGGGCCUCCUCCCAGGCUGUCGUCGCCUCCUCUGAUGGUACAAGGCCUAAGACCUUCUCCAGUGUCUGUGUCCACACUUCCAUCAGUGGUAUCGCCUCCCUCCUCACUGUCUGCACCUCGUCCUAAGCCACCUGCACCUCCUCCUUUACUGGACAAAUCCUCUAGACCUCCAGCUGUGUCUGCUCCCCAUCCAGUUAGUGCUCCUCCCCUUGUGUCUGUGGCACAUCAGACUGCUCACACUACAUCUGCACCUCCUGCAAUGGUCUCUACUUCUACCAUGGUGUCUGCUCCCCUGCACUCCAUGUCUGCGCCUAUCUCUGCGCUUCAACAGAUGGUCCAAGGAUCCAGACCACCUCCUCUGACUUCUUCUCCCCCAGCUUUAUCUGGAGCACCUCAAGAAAAGUUUUGGACUCCAUCAAUGUCUGCAUCUGCGCCUUCCUCAGCGGUGUCUACUCCCUCGGUGGCAGUCACGGCACCUCCCUCAGCAGUGUCCAGGCCUCAUUCGGCAGUCAGUGCACUUUCUAUAUCAGUGUCCUCAUUUUCUCGAUCAGUGUCUACUCCUCCCCCAGCAGUGUCCUCCUUUCCAAAGGAGGUGUCUAUGCCUCCUCUAACAGUCCAAGGCCCUAGAGCUCUACCUUUGUCUGGACCUCCUCCUCUCACAUUCCAAACCUCCAGAGCUCCUCCAUUGUCUGAGCCACCUGCCUUGAUGUAUGUGCCUCCUGUGGUCCCCUCUGCGCCUCCCCCAUCCAUUCCUGCUCCUCCACAAGCCCCUAAACGGAUGGUUUCUCCAGAGCCAGAGGAGCGAGGCAUGGGGAAUAUGAAGUACAUGGGGAACAUGAAGGACCCCUCUGUAGAAGCGGACACAGUCAAAACAUCAUCAAAGAUUGAUUCCGCAGGGUCUCCGACUCAUCAAUCUGAAAAACACUCACACAAACCCCUCACUGUUAUUCUUGGGACGACACCGCACCCCAAGAACCAAGAGGACUCCUCUGGGGACAAAGUUUCUGCUGAGAAAAAGGACUCCACGCCCAUGAGAGGUGCAGACACUCCCCUGGAGAAGAGAAUGGAUGACACCUGUGAGACGGACGAGUCAACAGUUGAGGAGUCUUUGGACGAGUCCUUGCAGGCGGAGUCCACACGCCUCGACAGCACCAGGAUGGAAGACACCAGCCUCACUGAGGAGGAUGACAUCUGUAACAAGUCGUCACUUGACGACGCCUCUCGGUUUGACGACACUUCUAGACUUGACGAUACCUCUUGCACGGAUGACGACACUUCCCGCUUUGAUGUCAGCUCUCGAUUGGACGACAACUCUCGCGUAGAUGGUAACAAAUCUCUAUUUGACGAUACCUCUCGCAUGGAUGAUAGCGCUCGCAUGGAUGACACCUCUCUUGCGGAUGAAACAUCACAUGUUGGCGACACUACAAUGGAUAGCAACUUCUCCUCUGUGGAGGACUCUAGGGACUUGACUCUGGAUGAUACCCAGACAGAGAACUCUUCCUGGGCAGAGAAUACCAUGGACAGCUGCCUGAGCACCAGGGAAUCCAUGCUGGAGUCCUCUCAGAUGGAGGACUCCUGUGUUGACUCAUCCCAGAAUGACAUCUCCCGGUCAAGCUCAAAUGGCCCUGCCAAACCAACCCCAGCCUACAAAGGUAAGAUCCUUGCCAUAGUUGAUGUAUGACAACCUAUGUUUUUGUAAUUAAUUCACUUUUUAUGAGUCAGAAUAUCCUGUUAAGUAAGAUGUGUGGCAAUGUAGAACUUUGCAAGAAAGAGUUGUGGGUUAGGUCUUGGAAAUAUAUAUAUAUAUAUAUAUAUAUAUAUAUCACAGCCAACUAUGGAAAUACUUAUUUUGUCAACAAACAGUAACUCAGUUAAUUUGAUGUUGCUAACCAUUGACCAUUAACCUCAUGCCCUCUUGACAGGGUCUGAAGGUGACAGUGAGGCGGAGGGCUGGGAUAUACCAGACUACACUGGCACCACCAGCAUCAAGGCCAGUGCCGCUACCAUCAUGGCUCCACCUGUUAUCAUGGACAAAGGCAAGCACACAGCGGCGCUCAGUGCCCUGGUGGAAAGCCUGGUUGGAGCCCCGCUCCUGCCCGUAGCUGCCCCAGCCGUGCCCACCACCGGCCAAAAGACCAAAACACCAAGGAAACCCAGGAAGCCACGCACUCCAGCAGCCUCCAUUCCCGGUAAACUGACUUCUCUUUAUCCCUUUUUUGUCUUAAGAAUAUGUCUGUGUAACUGUAAUUAAUUUUGAAAAAGGUAGUGUACAAACAAGGUUUUCUGACAUUCUAUUGUCACUCUCCAGUUCCCCAGGCCCCUGGGAAAGCCCAACGGAAGUCUGCUGUUAAAACUCUGAAGGUGGAGAAGAUAAAGGUGGAGAGGAAGAAGAAACUUGAGAAAGGAGAGGUAGGAGAGAAAAAGGAAAAGGGACCACCUAGAACGAGAAAGAAGAAGACCCAACCAGUAGCAGUCACAGGAGAGGCUGAACGUUCUGCUGAAGGCCUACUUCCUGGUCAAAGUGGACCAGUCACUACCAUUGGUAAACCAUGUCUAACCAGUGGCGAGACCCCCCCCAUGGUCAAACCGAAGAAAGUUAGAGUCAAGAAAGUAAGUGUUCUGGAGCCGAAGCCACCCAAAAUAGCGAAAAUGGACAUUGACACUAAACCCAAUGAUCAUGACAAUAACGUCAACGACGGAGACGACAGUUCCACUGCGGGUAAUGGAUGAGAAAACUACUUUUAUACUGGAAAUUGUAGAAAUUAUUGAAAAAUGGUUACAUAUUUUCUCCUAGAUGUAGUUAUGACCCAAUGAUUAUAAACUCUAAACCAGGGUUCUUCAAUUCCGGUCCUGGAGGGCCGAAACACCUCUGUUUUUCAUCCUCUCCUUCUAAUCAGGGGCUAUUUCAGACCUGGGACACCAGGUGAGUGCAAUUAACUACCAGGUAGAAAUAAAAAACAGAAGUGUUUCGGCCCUCCAGGACCGGAAUUGAAGAACCCUGCUCUAAACCAAUGGCAUUGUUAAUGGAUGACAGUCAUUUGGUACCAAUCUGAUUCUACUCUCUUUGUUCCUUGUACAGGUGACACUGCUAGGAGGAGGAUAGCAACAGAGGAGCAGGUCCACUUCCCUUUGCUACACGGGUAAUGAUACAUACACUCUGAUUUAUACAGUUUAUGGAACGUGAAGUCCCCCUUAAUUAGGCUUUCUCUGUGCCAAAUUAUUAUUGUGUGUGGAAAGUGCAAAAGGUUAAUGUUCACCCAUAAAUACAAAACCCCUCAGUUUCAUCCUUCUAUCCUAGGGAUACUAUGUGUUGAACGUGGUUCUUAACUGACUUUCUAUUGAUCUGUGCUUUAGCUGGAGGAGGGAGAUCCGGGUCAAGAAGAAUGAGGACCGACUCAAGGGGGAGACCUGGUACUACAGCCCCUGUGGUAGGAGGAUGAAGCAGUUUCCUGAAGUCAUCAAGGUAAAUGGCCCUGAGUUACAGUAAAACAUCACCACAGGAGCUGUUUUGGCACAACAUAGUCUUACUGUACAUUUUUAGUGUGAGACAUGAGAGAAGGUCAGCAGCUAUAAAUAGCCCUUGAUACAGUGGGAUAGCUUUCCCUCAGGGAGUUUACCACAUCAGACAGACACUUAUUUUGGGUGAGAGACCGUGACCAGCUAAAUUAACAGAGGCCAUGGAGAGGCCAUGUUUUUAGCAUACAGGCAUAACUGUAGCUGCAUUUGAUCCCAUUUAAUUAACCCAUCAUGAGUUACAUGGAUGACAUACAGUGGGGGAAAAAAGUAUUUAGUCAGCCACCAAUUGUGCAAGUUCUCCCACUUAAAAAUAUGAGAGAGGCCUGUAAUUUUCAUCAUAGGUACACGUCAACUAUGACAGACAAAAUGAGAAAGAAAAUUCCAGAAAAUCACAUUGUAGGAUUUUUAAUGAAUUUAUUUGCAAAUUAUGGUGGAAAAUAAGUAUUUGGUCAAUAACAAAAGUUUCUCAAUACUUUGUUAUAUACCCUUUGUUGGCAAUGACACAGGUCAAACGUUUUCUGUAAGUCUUCACAAGGUUUUCACACACUGUUGCUGGUAUUUUGGCCCAUUCCUCCAUGCAGAUCUCCUCUAGAGCAGUGAUGUUUUGGGGCUGUCGCUGGGCAACACAGACUUUCAACUCCCUCCAAAGAUUUUCUAUGGGGUUGAGAUCUGGAGACUGGCUAGGCCACUCCAGGACCUUGAAAUGCUUCUUACGAAGCCACUCCUUCGUUGCCCGGGCGGUGUGUUUGGGAUCAUUGUCAUGCUGAAAGACCCAGCCACGUUUCAUCUUCAAUGCCCUUGCUGAUGGAAGGAGGUUUUCACUCAAAAUCUCACGAUACAUGGCCCCAUUCAUUCUUUCCUUUACACGGAUCAGUCGUCUUGGUCCCUUUGAAGAAAAACAGCACCAAAGCAUGAUGUUUCCACCCCCAUGCUUCACAGUAGGUAUGGUGUUCUUUGGAUGCAACUCAGCAUUCUUUGUACUCCAAACACGACGAGUUUAGUUUUUACCAAAAAGUUCUAUUUUGGUUUCAUCUGACCAUAUGACAUUCUCCCAAUCCUCUUCUGGAUCAUCCAAAUGCACUCUAGCAAACUUCAGACGGGCCUGGACAUGUACUGGCUUAAGCAGGGGGACACUUCUGGCACUGCAGGAUUUGAGUCCCUGGUGGCGUAGUGUGUUACUGAUGGUAGGCUUUGUUACUUUGGUCCCAGCUCUCUGCAGGUCAUUCACUAGGUCCCCCCGUGUGGUUCUGGGAUUUUUGCUCACCGUUAUUGUGAUCAUUUUGACCCCACGGGGUGAGAUCUUGGGAGGGAGAUUAUCAGUGGUCUUGUAUGUCUUCCAUUUCCUAAUAAUUGCUCCCACAGUUGAUUUCUUCAAACCAAGCUGCUUACCUAUUGCAGAUUCAGUCUUCCCAGCCUGGUGCAGGUCUACAAUUUUGUUUCUGGUGUCCUUUGACAGCUCUUUGGUCUUGGCCAUAGUGGAGUUUGGAGUGUGACUGUUUUGAGGUUGUGGACAGGUGUCUUUUAUACUGAUAACAAGUUCAAACAGGUGCCAUUAAUAGAGGUAACGAGUGGAGGACAGAGGAGCCUCUUAAAGAAGAAGUUACAGGUCUGUGAGAGCCAGAAAUCUUGCUUGUUUGUAGGUGACCAAAUACUUAUUUUCCACCAUAAUUUGCAAAUAAAUUCAUUAAAAAUCCUACAAUGUGAUUUUCUGGAUUUUUUCCCCUCAUUUUGUCUGUCAUAGUUGACGUGUACCUAUGAUGAAAAUUACAGGCCUCUCAUCUUUUUAUGUGGGAGAACAUGCACAAUUGGUGGCUGACUAAAUACUUUUUUCCCCCACUGUAUAACUCAGUGACCUAUGACCUGCAUUUUCCCAUGUUCCCCUGCUCUGAUGCCACUGACCCAUAAUCCUGUUCUCCCUCAGUAUCUGAACAGGCACCAGGACACUGCUGUGACCAGGGAACACUUCAGCUUCAGCCCCCGCAUGCCCGUAGGAGACUUCUAUGAGGAGAGGGACUCCGCUGAGGUGUGUGUGUGUGUGGAUUUAUUGUAUGUGCUGACAGAUCUUUCAUCAUAAAUACCUACAGUAAUAACUCAAUGCAGACUGUCAUAGUGUAAUAUCAUAAAGAAGACACAUUUCCCAUAAAUGCUUUCAUAUGAUCUCUUCCAGGGAGUGAAAUGGUGCCUCCUGGCCAAUGAGGAGGUGCCCUCCAUGAUCAUGGCCAUCACGGGCCGACGUGGACGACCUCCGAACCCUGACAAAGAGAUGCCCCGGCCCCGAGCUCGUCAUACCAAGGGCGGGCCAGUCCGAAAGCCCGGGAGGCCGCCCAAACCCAAGAUGGUGGACCUGCUGAGCAAGGUGGACGCCAGAAUGCUGAAGAGGCUAGAGGCCAAGGGUGAGUGGAGGACAUAGCCUGGCGAAAUGAGUCUGAUGUGUUCACUGGUUGGAAAGUAGGCCCGUAUACAGACUGAUUCAAUGGCACAACAGAAUCAGUAACGUAAUAUUGUAGAAUUUGUGUGCAUCAAAAAGCUUCAAUUAGGCUGGGGCUUUUGAAGUCUCCAAUGUAAAUGUGUUUAUCUAUUUUUAGAAGGUCUGACUGAGGAGGACAAGGAGAAACUUGUCAAAAUCAAGAAGAAAAUGAAGAGAAAGGUACGGUAUACUAAGCAUCAAAAUCUGAAGACGUGUUGUAACAUUGCAUCUUGGUGGUGUAUCCAGGUUGCCUCCAACACACUUAAGUCAAAUGGUUCCAUUUCUCUCUUCUAGGCAAGGAUGAAAAGAAAGGAGGAUAACAAGAAUAAGAAGAUCCGACAGGAGAAAAAGCAAGCGAAGGUAAGGAAGUAUUUUAUUUUUUUAUUGACCAAAACACUAAUCGUCCGCCCUCUUUAUCUAAUAAACCCCUCUUACCCUCUGUGUUCAGCUUGAUGAGACCAAGGAGGUGAAGGCUGAACCAGCUGGCCAGGAGGCCCCACAGCCGGUCCCACUACAGCCGCCAGCCCCAGAGCCCAAGAAGCGCGGCCCUAGGAAGAAGAAGGAUGAGGUGCCUCCACCGGUCGUGGAGACUGACCAGGAAAGGUUGGCCAAGGGGAAAAGGGUGCUGGGGGCCAGGAGUAAGGCCAAGGCCCUGGCUAAGGCCCAGGCAGAGGCGGAGGCUGCAGCCCAGGCAGCCCUGGCAGCUAAGAAGCAGGUGGAGAGGAGGGCCCAGGCCCAGAGAAGGCUGGAGGAGAGGAGGAGACAGCAGAUGAUCCUGGAGGAGCUGAAGAAGCCCACUGAGGACAUGUGUCUCACAGACCACCAGCCCCUCCCGGAGCUGUCUCGGAUCCCUGGCUUGGUUCUCUCUGGCGUGGCCUUCUCCCACUGCCUAGCUGUGGUGGAGUUCCUGUACAGCUAUGGCAAGGUGCUGGGCCUCCACAUCCCCAGGGAUGUGCCUAGCCUCAGCACCUUGCAGGAGGGCCUCCUGGGCCUGGGAGACAGUCAAAGCGAGGUCCAGGAUCUGCUCAUAAAGCUGGUUGAGGCCGCACUACACGACCCAGGCCUGCCACCCUACUACCAGGUGUGUAUUGUUGACUGUAUGGAGCUAGUAUUGGAGAUGGGUGUUCAUGAAUAUUUGUUUGCCAAAGUGCUGUCUCCAUGUAGACAUUUUACUGUUGGCUAUAGUUUGCCAUUUAAAAAAUUUAUUUAGCUGUAUAUUGCAUGUAAACUCUAGUUCAACAGAUUUAGCUAGUUCAAUUUCUUAAAUCCCCCUCUCAUUCUCUCUCCUUCCAGUCAGUGAAGAUCCUAGGGGAGAAGCUGGUGGAUCUGGAGCUGACUCGCAACACAGUGUCCGAGGGCCUGAGGAUCUUCCUGGAGUCCCAUGGCUUUGACAUGGAGGUGUGCAACGUGCUGCGGACCAAGACCUUCCUCACCCUCAACCCCGACACCAAGGCUGCCAUCCUGGGCUUCCUGGUGGAGGAGCUCAACGGCAGCAACAUCGUCAUAAGGUCAGGAUGACAAAACACCGAGAGAUACUAAGGAGUUACUAACAACCAUAUCCUAAGUGUGAUGCAAAUAUAUUUUACAACAAAAAUGUGUCACAAAAAAAAACCCUUCUGGAAAGGAUAUCGCACAUUAAAGUAAACCCUGUUUGUAUGUUUUUGCAUUGCAGUGAGAUUGACAACACACUGGAAAACAGGGCUACUUACAGGAAAAACAAGUGGAUCAUCGAGGGGAAAUUGCGCAAGUAAGACAAGUCACAGCUCCUUGGAUUUAGAUUUUGUUUUAGUUUGUGGAAGGAGAGUGUGUGAUACCACUGAGGCUUUGUGUGUUUGAUAACUGGUGUGUGUGCUCUGAUGUGUGUGUUCUCCCAGACUGAAGGCAGCUCUAGCACGGCGUACGGGGCGGUCUGAGGAGGAGCUGUAUCUAGAGGAGAGGAGGCGCAGUGCCAGGGUGGCAGAGGAGGAGAACCACAGUCUGGAAGAGAGCGGCCCCAUGGAGAGGGGCAGCCGCCGCCGCACACCCAAGGAGGAGCCCAAACUCAGUGAAGUGCGUGUGUGUCAAUCUCAAAUGUGUUGGUGAGGAUAUCUGUAUUAUACUCACCAAAUGUCCUUUCCACAGACUGACAGCACCACCAACGCCAGCAUUCCAGAGUUGGAGAGGCAGAUCGAUAAGCUAACCAAGGUAAGGCUAACAUACUCUGCUGUUCAUUUUCAAUUUUCUUCUUCUGUAGUGUCUAUUCUAUCUAUCAGUGUAACUACGUUGUGUGCGCAGUUCUGGGUUUUGUAUGAGCAAAAUGUCACCCUAAGUACACUACAUGACCAAAAGUAUGUGGACACCUGCUUGUCGAAUAUCUCAUUCCAUAAAUCAUGAGCGUUAAUAUGGAGUUGGUCCCUCCUUUGCUGCUAUAACAGCCUCCACUCUUCUGGAAAGGCUUUCCACUAGAUGUUGGAACAUUGCUGCGGGGACUUGCUUCCGUUCAGCCACAAGCGUUAGUGAGGACGGGCACUGAUGUUGGGCGACUAGGCCUGGCUCGCAGUCAGCGUUCCAAUUCAUCCCAAAGGUGUUGGAUGAGGUUGAGGUCAGGGCUCUGUGCAGGCCAGUCAAGUUCUUCCACACCGAUCUCGACAAACCAUUUCUGUAUGGACCUCGCUUUGUGCACGGGGGCAUUGUCAUGCUGAAACAGGAAAGGGCCUUCCCCAAACUGUUGUCACAAAGUUGGAAGCACAGAAUCGUCUAGAAUGUCAUUGUAUGCUGAAGCGUUAAGAUUUCCCUUGACUGGAACUAAGGGGCCUAGCACGAACCAUGAAAAACAGCCCCAGACCAUUAUUCCUCCUCCACCAAACUUUACAGUUAGCACUAUGCAUUCAGGCAGGUAGCGUUCUCCUGGCAUCCGCCAAACCCAGAUUAGUCCGUCGGACUGCCAGAUGGUGAAGCGUGAUUCAUCACUCCAGCUGAUGCUUGGCAUUGCGCAUGGUGAUCUUAGGCUUGUGUGUGGCUGCUCAGCCAUGGAAACCCAUUUCAUGAAGGUCCCAAUUAACAGUUAUUGUGCUGAAGUUUGCAACUCUGUAGUGAGUGUUGCAACUGACGACAGACGAUUUUUGCGUGCUACGUGCUUCAGCACUCGGCAGUCCCGUUCUGUGAUCUUGUGUGGCCUACCAUUUCGCUGCGGAGCCGUUGUUGCUCCUAGAUGUUUCCACUUCACAAUAACAGCACUUACAGUUGACCGGGGCAGCUCUAGCAGGGCAGAAAUGUGAAGAACUGACUUGUUGGAAAGGUGGCGUCCUAUGACGGUGCCACAUUGAAAGUCACUGAGCUCUUCAGAAAGGCAAUUCUACUGCCAAUGUUUGUCUAUGGAGAUUGCAUGGCUGUGUGCUUGAUUGUAUACACCUGUCAGCAACGAGUGUGGCUGAAAUAGUCAAAUACACUAAUUUGAAGGGGUGUCCCCAUAUACCUGUAUAUGUAUAGUGUAUUAUUCUCCUCCACAGCGACAGGUGUUUUUCCGUAAGAAGCUGCUCCAGUCCUCCCACUCCCUGCGGGCGGUGUCUCUGGGCCAGGACCGGUUCCGCCGGAGAUACUGGCUCCUGCCCCACCUGGGAGGGGUGCUGGUGGAGGGGCCUGAAGAGAUCCUAGGUGAGUCACAGAGCAACUGCCCUCAACCCAACAAGAAUAUAUAUUUUUAUUGACUCUAAACAUAUCCCUCCUCUCUGUCUGUUAGCAUCAGAAGAUAUCCUGGUGAAGGAGGUGCCCAUCACUCUUCUGAAGAGGGAACCCAAAGUGGAGGAGACGCCCACUACCACCCCUGCCCCCCUUCCCUCUCCCCCUCCCCAGUCCCAGACCUCCUCCCCCACUAAAGAGGACCCUCUCCCCGGCACCGCCUCUCUUAUGAGCAGCCCCAGGGCCCGGGGUCGCCCCCGCAAGAUCAAACCAGAGGUGGAGCUACACCUCCGCACCGCCAAGUGUCGCCGCCGUCGCCGUAGCAGCAAGUCCGGCGGGGAGGAGUCGGGGCCAGGCAUUUCCCCGGAGACCACCACCAAUGGAACACAAGACCUCACUCUGUCCGCUUACAAUAACUGCCUCAGCCAAUCGCAGGGCGCCUUAACCAAUGGGACGGUGAAAGCAACAGGGAUGGCACCUAAUGGCAGCCUACCAGAGGACAGCGUGAAAGAAAUGGCGGAGAAACAGGGGCAGUGGUUCAACCUGCUGCCCAAACAGCCUUGUGACAAAACCUCUCUGACAGAACCUCAGACCCCCCCCAGCAAGCCGCCCAAACGCCUCCCUCUGACCCCAAGCACCCUGCCCGCCCUCGCUGCUCCACUGCUGCAGGUGAGUCCCCCCCAUAGUCCCCCUCAGCCCCCUGCACACUCUCCAGGACCCUCAUGAGCGAGAACACUCAACAUAAGUUACUACUGUUGAACAUUGUUUUCUUCAUCAAAUAAGAUUUUAUUAUCUCUUAUUAAACCAUCUUUCUCCCUCUCUCUCCAGUCUGUACCAGCCCCCUUGGAUCCCACACCCCAGGUGACCACCACCCCCAUCCCAGCCAAACCGGGGCGCAGGCGGAGGAGGGGCAGCAGUCCCGCCCGCAGGGUUGGAGCUAGAGGGGCUGCAGCUAAGCGUCGUGGCCGCCCUUCUUCCACACUCUUCCAGGAGAUAGAGCAACAGUACUUCACUCAGCUCGUGGUCAAGCCCAUUCCAGCAUGUAAGCCUUCAAUCCAUUCAGUUCAAUCCCAUUCCAGCAAGCUGUCCCCUUUUUUUAAAACGCAUGCAAUUGAAAACCACUAAGGUUUAUUGAAUAUCAUCACUGUAGUGUCUGACGAUGACACUUGUCAGCAAUGUAAACAUGAUGCAAUUUGAGCUGCGGAUUUGGCUUACUUGAUUAUUUAUGUAUGGUUAGCCGAAGUAGCAAACAUCUUAAACAAUAACUGAUCAAAUGUUUGACAUACUUGUGUGUGGUUAGCCGGUUAUGGCUAGCAUGGUUUGCUAACAUGCUAUGCUAUAGGUGUGAUGCUGGUGUCUAAUGUGUGUGCUGCUGUUGUGCUGUUAGCAAUGGUGCGUGGCUGGUGGUGGAUAAAAGAGCCUGAGGACAUGACGGCCACCCUGCAGGCCCUGCACCCACGAGGCAUCCGGGAGAAGGUGCUCCACAAACACCUGGCCAAACACAUGGAGUAUCUGGCUGAGGUCUGCACACGGCCCAUCAACGGUGAGUCAAUGAGCACUGGUCACUGAGUCAGCUAUAGAAAAAGAUGGGGAUAUGAAAAGUCAUAGUGUGUGUCAGAUUGGUUGUGUUUAAUAGUGAAGCUGCUUUUGACAUCAAUGUGUUUUUAAAAAGUAUGGCGUUGUAAUGAAUGGAAACUAGAUGAUGACACCUUCCUUGUAUCCCUUUCUCUCGCUACCAUCGCUCUCUAUCCCCUCCCUUCCCCCUUGCAUCUCCCUCCCUUCUCUCCUCUCCGUCCCCCCGUCAGACCCUAUAUUCCAGGUGAAGGUGAAGGAGGGAGAGGCCCUGCUGGAGGCCCUGCAGCAGCCGUGGCAGGUCCAGGAGCGGGCCCUGGAGACAGACGUCGGAGCCCUCCGCUGGGUGGAGGACCUGGAGCAGAGGGUCAUCGCCGCCGACCUGCACCUCAAGGUGAGAUGCCAGGGGGACAGAGGGGCCCUGUCUCAAUAUUCUAAAGUGACUUCCUAUCCAUACUUACAUUCCUCAUCUGCACAGAUCUGGAAACACAGAUAGUAGAGAGUUGAUCCCGAAAUACGUUUCCGUCAUAUCAUCCCCACAUUUACCGCCUUUUCAUAUCUGUGCAGACCAAGGCGAGGAGGACACUUUAGACUGUUGAGAUGCACCCAGGGAUGCAUGGGUAGGGUGGGUGCAUGGUAGUUUGUAAAGGAAGUUGGGUUUGGGUUUGAAAUGUCCAGAGCUUGUCAGUUUUUUAUUAUUCGUUUAUUUCAGUUUUUAUUUGAUUUUUUACUAUGGCUGCAGUUGCACUGAAUGUCCAGAGGGUGGCGUAGGUGGUAUGUGCAGCUGCAGUUUGUACAGAGUGAACGUGUCCCCCACCUAGCAUUGUCAUGCAUAAGCAGGUAAACGUAUCACACUCAUCACAUCAUAUGUCCAUUACUUAUAUUUCAAGAUGGCUCCUCAGAGUGGAAGGAGCGACACUGACAAUAACACGGAAACGCCAGCCGCAGGAUUCCAGGUACAAACCAGGUUUUAGAUCUAUCGUUCACACAUCCUCACCCUCCUUUUGGAUCUACACUCUUUCACAAGUCUUCACGUUUCCCCUUUAAGAAUUCCUUUAGAAUUAUUUUUGUCACCUCCUAAAAUGAAAAGGAGACGCCGUGUCCGAAAUCUGGCAUGCCUACUACUUACUUUAACUAUAAUUUGUAAGUCGCUCUGGAUAAGAGCGUCUGCUAAAUGACUUAAAUGUAAAUGAUCGUACUACAUACUAUUUAGAACAUACUGUUUAGUAAAAACGGAUACAGUAAGCAACGAAUAACCGCAUACUAGGCUCAUCCUACUGAGAAUACGUUAUCUAAUGUGCAAUUACGUUGAUUUCUGCCAUUCGUUAAUUUUGGUAGAGCGCCACCACUCAGCUGAUUAUCAGCUGUUGUCAGACACACGUCCGGAAAGACAAUUCUCUUCAGCGAAUUCAACUUGAUGAAAAGCCGAAAUGAGUAUGACAUCCUGGCAUUUAAAGCAUACAAAUUUGUUGAAAUUUCACAUACUAUUUAGAACGCAAGUACGGGUAUUCGGACACGGCCAAUGUCUCUAGAGUUCUCACCUUUAACACCUCUGCUCCUAACACUGUUUGAAAUAAGCGCUGUCUGUCUGUGUUCCUUAUAUUCACCCUACCUCUGUGGUUUUUAGGGGUCUGCUUUUAUGUUUUGAAAAUAGUUGUGUGGCUUAAAAAAUGUAUCAUUUGAUGUCUGCACUCGCUUACCUUACCUUACCUCACCUCUCCCACCUUACCUUACCUCACUUACCUCCAGUGGCGUGUAUUCAUGGAUGCCAAGGGAAGCCAGCCUUCCCCAGAAAAUUGACCAAGAAAAACAUAUAAAAUAAUUUAUUUAGUCUCUGUUUUAUCAUUUUCUUUCAAUUCGCAAGAGGCUGAAUGUAUCUCACCGGAGAAAGCAUCCGAGUGAGCGAAACAGCGCCCCUCUGUCUCUGUACGUGUAGCCCAUCUAUCUGAUGCUGUCUGGUCUAAAUAAGUAUGACUUUGUUGCCACCCGUAGCGUUGAAUGCAAGGGAAGCCAGCAAGCAAUUGGCCUCCCUUGAUUUAAAAAAUGUAUAAAACAAUAGCCAAUCAGCUCAAUUGUAAAUGGUCCUGGUGCACCAAAAAAAAGUGUGAAGGGAAGCCAAUUUGGAUUUGGCGUCACUCCUAUCAAAUCGCAUUGAGAGCAUACGUCAUUGACAGAAACGAUUUGAAUUGUUGCAUCUCGUUGUGUUGUUGUCUUCCGGUGGCUGGCUAGCUAUCUAAAAUUGGCCCUUUCCUAAAUUAGCCAUGGCUGGAGAUAGGGAUUAGGACUUGUGGUUUUACUUAAUUCUCUGUACUGGCCAAUGAUUAUAACAGCGGUUCUGAUCCAACCAUUAAUUCCUACAUUGUGCCCCUGGCCUGAGAGGAUGAAAGUUCAAUAUGUAGCUAGAUGUAGAAUGGUAAUGUUAACUUGCUAACGUUGCCCAUGAAAGGAAGUUAGGCUAGCGAGCAAGCAUUUUAGCCAGGUAGCCUAGGACAACAAAAAAUGCUGUAUGACAGAGUGAUAGCCCGUUUCGUCGACAUGUAAGAGAGGAGAAUAUAUCAGCAAGGUAUAUGAACUAACAGGUUAUAGAGCAAACAAUGCAAUUAUCACAACACAGGUUGUAAUAUGGCAUUUUUUUCUGGCUUCCCCAGUGAUUUUACCCUACGCACUGCUACUGUUUACCUCGCAACCCUUUUGAGUCUUGCUCUAGCUUCAAAGUCCUUUGCUUCACUGCUAUUUGAUUGUUGUGAACUAUAAUAUAAUAUUUUCUGUCAUUCUCCCUCCUCCCCACCUCAGCCCUACACGGUUCCAGAGGUGGACUCCACGCGUGACGACCUGCAGUACUACGAGCAUGACGUGGACCCCCGGGACGACUGGAUCGUGCGGACCAAGAAGGAGUGGUCAGACCUGCCCCGCGUGGCCAGCCACCCGCUGGACCUGGCCGUCCUGCGCCUGGCCAACCUGGAGAGGAACAUCGACCGGCGCUACCUGAAGGAGCCCCUCUGGAACCUGGCCGAGGUGGUGCGUCUCGCCCCCCUCACCCCCGAGGAGAGCCAGAUGGGUCAGAUGGACGUCAUGAGGUGGGAGGGACAGGGUUGAAGUCAGGCGAGGGGUCAGAGGUUGGAAAGGGUGGAGGGGAGCGUGUUUUAAUAAUAAUAAUAAAAUGGAUUCGAUUUGUGUAGCAUUUGGUCAAAUUGCUCAAAGCUCUUCAGUGAUUUAAACCUUCAUCUCACUUCAGCUCUUAAUUGUGUUUAUUAAGACCUAUUUUUAUCAUCUCUUUCCCCCAGUCUGGAGAGUGAGAUCACCCCCAGGUUGCGGACGUGGCGUCAGGCCCUGGACCGCUGUCGGAGCGCCCCCCAGCUGUGUCUGUGUCUGCUGCAGCUGGAGAAGGCCAUCGCCUGGGAGAGAUCUGUGGUCAAAGUGGUGAGGACAAACCCAGUAGCAAUACUCAAUAUGUACACUGAGAAUAGAAACCAUUAUUAUAAAGGGAAGAAAAUUAUGGAUGUAGGUGAAACAAGGAAUAUAGAACAUUCCCAUGGCAAAUAUCAUAGUAGUGACAUGCUGAUGAGACCAUUGAGAAGACACUUUGAUCCAAAGCAACUUACAGCAAACAAAUGUAGUAUAGCACCAUAGUCUGAAAGAUGGCAACAAAGCAUUUCCCUUGAAGACUACCUGUGGGUCCCUGUCUGUGUGUUGUUGUAGACGUGUCAGGUGUGCAGGAAGGGGGAUAAUGAUGAGUACCUGCUGCUGUGUGACUGCUGUGACCGCGGCUGCCACAUGUACUGCCUGAGGCCAAAGGUCACCCAGGUGCCAGAGGGGGACUGGUUCUGCCCCACCUGCGUCUCCAAGGUGAGUACUGACUGGGGCUGCACUCUGCUUGGCUACCCUUAUGGACAACAGCAGGUGUCACUGCUCAUCUAACCAGGGGGGAGGAGUUAAGAAGGGAACCGUUCAGAACAUUGCAGAUAGAAAUGUUGUCGGUUUUUUGUUUGAAACUUGGCUUAGAUUAAGAUAAAAAACUGUAUACGCUGAUUUACUUUUUGUAAAUUUAACCAAAAAGCCAUGUUGGUGCAACAUAAUUACAAUAAUAAUAUAUGGUGAAACAACAUGAACACAAUGGUAGCUUUUUGUCCCCAGUGUUUUGAAACUGAACAAGUAUUAAACCAUAAUAUUGUCAGGCCCUACUUCGAAAUCUGCCACAGUAGUACCCUCUGUAAUUUCUCCUCCCUGUGGCCCUGAGUCCUCCUUAACCUUUCUCCCAGGGCUGUUAUUUCAUCACUGUCUCACUGUGUCCUGUUGUUUUAUAAGGCGAGUGACGGUGAGUCACCACGUAGCAACCAUCGCUCCUCCAAGCAGAGGACACGGGUGAAGAAGAGGAGGUACGAAGACGACAGUUCUGACGAGGAGACGGUGCCCAGCAGACGCAGCGGUGGUGGUGCUAGCAUGGCAACACGGCAUAAGGACGGCGGCCCUGCCUCGUCCUCCUCAUCCUCCCGCUACUCGGGAGAUGGAGGAGGCACAGCAGGCUUCUCACCCGCAAAGCGCCGCCGCAUGACCACCCGCAACCAGCCCGACCUCACCUACUGCGAGUGAGUCUGAUCUCAGAUCAGUUGUAGUGUCACAAUGUUUCAGUGGUUAUAGGACAUGAUAUUAAAUUACUCACCUCAAAUUAGUUACCGUGUCCCAUUGCACCAGUGGUUUCUAUAAGACCAUGAGAUUCAUGUUCUGACUAGCAUGUGAUGAUAGUCCCGUUCUAGCUGACGUGUUUUGUGUUUGUGUGUAGAAUCAUCCUGAUGGAGAUGGAGUCUCACGCUGACGCCUGGCCCUUCCUGGAGCCCGUCAACCCCCGCGUGGUGCCCGGCUACCGACGCAUCAUUAAGAACCCCAUGGACUUCCUCACCAUGAGGGAGAGGCUGCUGCAGGGAGGGUAUGGGGCUCUCAUUCACUCUUUCUGUCUGUGUGUGUGUGGGGGCUUGUAUUACUAUCCUUGUGGGUACCGGAAGGACAAAGGAUAUUUUAAGCUUAGGGGUUGGUUUAGGGGUUAGGGAAAAUAGGAUUUUGAAUGGAAUUACAUUUUAGGUCCCCACAGUGUUGUGUUCAAGAUCACCUAAGGAGAGACCGAUUCAAGACCAAGACCGGAGCAAAUCGAGUCUGAGUCAACACCAAGACCGGGAGGGGGACAAGGGGUCCGAGUCCCGAAACAUGCGAGUCCAAUUCAAGACCAUGAUUGUAGUUUUGUCAAAUCACCACCAUAAUAAGAGUUCAAAUGUCCAUUAUUUCUGUGUUCAUAUUUCAGAACAACAUAUGGAUUCUUUAGACCUUCAGAAUAGUGGAAAAAUGCAUGCGAGGGAAAAUAGAGCCACUCUACAAAUGAUUACUGACCUAAACACAGUGGGCCUUCUACGCCUUCAGAGAAGGGCUAAGGAUUUAUAAAAUAAUAAUAAUAAUAUUAUUUUCAAUGAUGUUCUGAUUUAAUCUCUUCAGUUUUUGUUGGAAAGGAAAGGGUUAACGCUGGAGGGAAAAAAAGAUCCAAUCAGGAUUUUUCUUUGCUGGUCUCUGGGGAGAUAAAUCUAGCUAGCUAAGUCAGCCAUUGGCUAGCACAUCAGAAGCUGUGAUUUUUAUUGCGGCGUGCUUGCUGUUUGCCAUCUCUUUGAAAAUAACUUGUGUGUGAAACAUUGUUGCAUUUAAAGUGGAACUGACAGCAUUUUAGCAACAUGAAGAAUAUCCCACUUUUUAAAACAUUUUCUGACAAGCGACCACGUUUUCAUAAAUUCUUAGAAUGUUUGGGAAUUACAUAUACUAAAGCAUUUGUGAGAAUUCUAUAGCAAUAUAGAGUGGGAAAUCGGCCAUGCGUUUGGACAAUUAACAGACACUGCAGAAAAUAAAACAGAAUAAAAAUAUCUGUCUUGUCCAGGACCUAUAGCCAAUCAGAGCUACAGUAGGCUUUUAUACAAACAAGCCAUUUGCCACAUGGGCCUGCCAUCAUUCACUUUGAACUGGACUGUGUGUUUACAGGCAGUUGCAACAGCGCUUUAGAUCAUUUAGAACGCAUUCGCCAAAAGCCACAAAAUAAACCUGAAUGGAUUUCUGCAAAUAUGUAAACACCAUGGGAGUCCCCUUACAUUUGGGAACUUUACAGUCCUAUUGAUCAAAGGUAGGAUCUCUCUCCCUCAGUUAUGCACCUCAACAACAACAAGAUCAACAACUAAUGCUAGCCAGAGCAAGAUGAGCUAAAAUCUAAUGAAGGAACAUUAGAUAAACCCUCCAACUUUUUCAGCUAGUUGGCCGUCAAAAUUGCGCUGAUAAACGAUGGGGAAUUGUAGCCUCUGCAGCUUGCCUGCCAAUGCAUGCUUGUACCAACCAAGCACCCAAGCUAAAUAGCUUGCUAGCUACUUCCAGACACAAAUGAGAGAACACCUCACUCUGACCAUUUUACUCGCCGUAGCAGAGCUGGUUAGGCUGUUUACAUGUUAUCUAGAGCAUUCUUGACUAACUAUUACUUUUUUUGCCUACAUUUACUGACACCGGUCAUAUUCAGUGGGUGUUGCACGUUCAUAAAUUCAUCAGUUGUUCUGCGCUCUGGCACACUCGGAUGAGAGUGCUCUGAAAUCGGAGUAGAUAGCCAGAGUGAAUUUACGAACGCAAGAGAUAUGCUAACUAGAUAACAGUCGUUCAAGUACUUGCUAGCUAACCAAAUGACACCUGUAUCUCUAGCUGUGUAUAGCCACCGAGGGGGAAAAAUCUGUCACUCACCCACUCCUCCAAUGGCAUGACAUGACAUCCUCCUAGCAGCUAGCUACCUAGCUAGCUAUUUAGCUAAUGUUAAGCUCCGUGUUUUUUUAGCUUGCUACAUAAAUAGAUACGCUAGCCUAUUAGCCACGUUAUGACUGACUUGUGAUCAUUGCCCUUGGUAGUUUGAUUGUAUUGACAUUCCCAGCCUUAGUUACAUUCGUCAGUUUUUGUCCAGAAUAUUGAGUCAUUGAAACUGAAACAGUGCAUCCCGAAUGGAGGCAGCAAACAAUGUACCAGGCCAGCUGUGAUUUACAACCUGAAAGCAAUAUUUUGGACUACCAAAAAAAGUAUUGGUGAAUUAUAUCAUACAUUGAACUGCAUCCAUCUAUUCUGCCAACAAUGCCUUAGUGUAUGUCAUGGAACGUUGAGUCAAAUAAUAACCUAUUUUUAAAACCUCUAUGUUGGUUUUGUAGCAUAAACUGGGAAUUUGAUAUUUUUGACUGAUAUUAUGAUUCUGUUUGUUUCAUAUCUGCAAAGUAGUUAAAACACUGUCAGUUCUACUUUAAACUUUAGGUCACUGGUUAUUUUGUGUGCUAUAUUUUUUGCAAUGGGAAGUAAUAGUUGUACAUUUCAAUUGGGGAAUGCUUAAUGGUUGUGGUUUUGUAUUCUUAUGAUUGGGACCUACUGGCGUAUUAUGUCAGAGUUUAUGGACUGCUUAUCCUUUAACAUCAUGCUGUGUGUGACUGCUGUCUUUCCAUCGGCCCUAUCCAGUGGUGUAGUGGUGUCUGGAGAAGUGGCUAUACUCUAACUUUGCCAAAAAGUUCCCAAACGUCCCGCCCAGAUUUUUACUCUCCAAACCACAUAAAACAUUUGUUUUUAAAAAUAAAAUAAAUGUUGAUGGUCUAAGUCCACAACAAUGCUUAAACCACAUCAAUCUGAUUGGUUGGGCCUGUCAGGGACUGGCUCCCCAGUGGGUGGGCAUGUGUCCACCCAGGCUCAUCCAUGUCUACGCCCAUGAUUUUAAAUAGCGCAUGAUGACAAUUGCGCAUCACAAAUAGCCUAAUAACCAACACAUCGGACUAAAUCUUUUCAAUUCCUGGUUUACAUACCCAUUGUUGCCUUAAGUUAGUAUUUACUGGUAGAUAUCAUAAGUUGAAACGCCUUUCCUACCCUACCGGCUACCGAUGUUAUUCUUUUGUGAGCUGCUCCAUGCCAAAACCAGUUGAGAGCUGCACACUGCCUGCAGAUGAAAUUCCACUGAAACUAGGCUAUUUGUGCGGCUCGCAUUGUGAAUAUAUUUCACGUGCUUUGCGAUUUAUGUAGGCUACUUUGUGCAUGAUUUCUCUAUUGUACUAUAUAAUAAGUCGUAUACCUCCACUACAAUACUUUGAUACGCAUCAGUAGGGAUUAAGAAGUGAGUAUACGCAAUGCCCUCUGAAAAUAAAUGGUUUAUACCUGCAUAUACCCUCCACUACACCACUGGCCCUUUUGUGUUUUACAAAAAGUGCACUCCUACAUGAGUGCACUGGUAUUACGGUUGCUGUCUUUUCAGAAUCACCAACCUGUCACACACUGAAGGCCUAUAGGUUCGCCACUGCGUAAACAUGUCUAUAAUAGAUAUAAAGGCUGUUAAGAUAUUCAUGUUUCAAGAAAGGAGUGUAUAUACAGUGAGGGGAAAAAAGUAUUUCAUCCCCUGCUGAUUUUGUACAUUUGCCCACUGACAAAGACAUGAUCAGUCUAUAAUUUUAAUGGUAGGUUUAUUUGAACAGUGAGAGACAGAAUAACAACAAAAAAAUCCUGAAAAACGGAUGUCAAAAAUGUUAUACAUUUAUUUGCAUUUUAAUGAGGGAAAUAAAUAUUUGACCCCUCUGCAAAACAUGACUUAGUACUUGGUGGCAAAACCAUUGUUGGCAAUCACAGAGGUCAGACGUUUCUUGUAGUUGGCCACCAGGUUUGCACACAACUCAGGAGGGAUUUUGUUCCAAUCCUCUUUUCAGAUCUUCUCCAAGUCAUUAAGGUUUUGAGGCUGACGUUUGGCAACUCGAACCUUCAGCUCCCUCCACAGAUUUUCUAUGGGAUUAAGGUCUGGAGACUGGCUAGGCCACUCCAGGACCUUAAUGUGCUUCUUCUUGAGCCACUCCUUUGUUGCCUUGGCUGUGUGUUUUGGAUCAUUGUCAUGCUGGAAUACCCAUCCACGACCCAUUUUCAAUGCCCUGGCUGAGGGAAGGAGGUUCUCACCCAAGAUUUGACGGUACAUGGCCCCGUCCAUCGUCCCUUUGAUGCGGUGAAGUUGUCCUGUCCCCUUAGCAGAAAAACAUCCCCAAAGCAUAAUGUUUCCACCUCCAUGUUUGACGGUGGGGAUGGUGUUCUUGGGGUCAUAGGCAGCAUUCCUCCUCCUCCAAACACGGCGAGUUGAGUUGAUGCCAAAGAGCUCGAGUUUGGUCUCAUCUGACCACAACACUUUCACCCAGUUCUCCUCUGAAUCAUUCAGAUGUUCAUUGGCAAACUUCAGACGGCCCUGUAUAUGUGCUUUCUUGAGCAGGGGGACCUUGCGGGCGCUGCAGGAUUUCAUUCCUUCACGGCGUAGUGUGCUACCAAUUGUUUUCUUGGUGACUAUGGUCCCAGCUGCCUUGAGAUCAUUGACAAGAUCCUCCCGUGUAGUUCUGGGCUGAUUCCUCACCGUUCUCAUGAUCAUUGCAACUCCACGAGGUGAGAUCUUGCAUGGAGCCCCAGGCCGAGGGAGAUUGACAGUUAUUUUGUGUUUCUUCCAUUUGCGAAUAAUUGCACCAACUGUUGUCACCUUCUCACCAAGCUGCUUGGCGAUGGUCUUGUAGCCCAUUCCAGCCUUGUGUAGGUCUACAAUCUUGUCCCUGACAUCCUUGGAGAGCUCUUUGGUCUAGGCCAUGGUGGAGAGUUUGGAAUCUGAUUGAUUGAUUGCUUCUGUGGACAGGUGUCUUUUAUAUAGGUAACAAACUGAGAUUAGGAGCACUCCCUUUAAGAGUGUGCUCCUAAUCUCAGCUCGUUACCUGUAUAAAAGACACCUGGGAGCCAGAAAUCUUUCUGAUUGAGAGGGGGUCAAAUACUUAUUUCCCUCAUUAAAAUGCAAAUCAAUUUAUAACAUUUUUGACAUGCGUUUUUCUGGAUCUUUUUGUUGUUAUUAUGUCUCUCACUGUUCAAAUAAACCUACCAUUAAAAUUUUAGACUGAUCAUUUCUUUGUCAGUGGGCAAACGUACAAAUCAGCAGGGGAUCAAAUACUUUUUUCACUCGCUGUAUUUGGCCUGGCGAAGCGUUUUUAUGCGCUGACUGAAUGGAAGCUGAUAAUUAUGAGUUUUUUUAGUCCGCUGGUCUCGGGAAGAAAUUACGAGUCCUCACUGUCCGAGACCGAGUCAAGACCAAGUACAAAUGUCUCUGACAUCGAGACGACCGAGACAUUCAAUAUGUGGUCUUGAGACCGGUCUCGAGUACUACAACACUGUGUCCCCAAAAGGAUAGUAAAACGUCUACAACAUGACCCAAACUUCCGUAAGGAGGCCGGUUCCUUUCAUUUUCAACAAUGUUACUGAAGAUCUGUAAGCUUAUAUUUGACCUGUCUUUCUCUUCUCUCCUCCCCUGUUCCCCAGGUACUGCAGCUGUGAGGAGUUUGCAGCGGACGCACAUAUGGUGUUCAACAACUGCGAGCAGUUCAAUGAGGACACGUCCGAGGUGGGCAUGGCCGGACACUCCAUGAAGCGCUUCUUCGAGAACCGCUGGGCUGAGUUCUACGAGAGCAAGGACCAAUAA